CUUUGCUUGAACCAACUUAACUGCCACUCCCUCUCUCCCAACUCUCUUCACUCUCUCUUCUCAGAUCUCUCCCUAUAAUCACCGCCGUCAGCCGCUCCCCCGGCUCGCGCAUCUCUCUCCGUCCGCCGCUCGCAGACCCCACAGCUCGGCGGGGCUCAGGAAUCGCAUUUUCGCACCAACGAGAUCGACACCCGGGGACAUUGUCUUAGGAGUAGGUCUCCGAUACUCCCCUCUCUGAGGCAGCGGUCGAGUUAUGCGUUGAAGCCGAAAUGGAGAGAGAUUCGUCCGACGAAGACGACGACAGCCACCACCUCAUCCACCAGAACGACACCCAGCCCGUCUCCUCCACCAGCCGGCGGCACUCCGCUUUCGACGUCGAAGACUUGGAUUCCCGCAUCGGCACCGCUGGCCGCUUUAGCUUCAGGUUGGACAAAGGCUACCUCCUCGCGAUUAUGAUUUCCGUUCUGUUCCUCGCCGCGUUUUUCUCCGCGGACAUUCGCGGCUUGUUCUCCGGCGGUGCCUCAGCGUUUAAGCUCGAUUGGACCGCUGAUCGCAUGAGAGAGUCCGAGUUACGAGCUCUGAGCUUGUUGAAGCAGCAAAGGUUGGGGCUUUUCGGUUUGUGGAAUCAUACAUUUCUGGAUUCCGUGAUUGCUCGUAAUGGGCCCGCGAAUUUUACUUUGAGUAGCUCGAAUUCGAGUGGGUUGAAACACGAUAAUGAUCAUCUGUUGGUGUCUUCCUCGGCUUUAUUAGAGGAUUUCAAGUCCGAUGUACUUAGGCAGAUUAAGCUGAAUAAGAAUAUUGAAGAGGUAUUGCUGUUGCCACAUCAGUCAGGAAAUGUGUCCGUGCAGAAUGGUGAUGGGGAUAUGGUCGAUGUGAGUUUUGGUGAUUUUGAUUUUGAUCGGUGUCCGACAGUGGAUCAAAGUUCCUUGGGGAGAAAAACCAUUGAGUGGAAGCCGAAACCAGAUAAGUUUUUGCUUGCCAUUUGUGUUUCUGGUCAAAUGUCGAACCAUCUGAUUUGUUUAGAGAAGCACAUGUUCUUUGCCGCCGUUCUCCGCAGGAUUUUGAUUGUUCCCAGCUCAAAAGUUGAUUAUGAAUACAAUAAGGUGUUGGAUGUCAACCACAUUAAUGAUUGCUUGGGAAGGAAAGUGGUAAUGUCAUUUGAGGAGUUUUCUGAGGUCAAGAAAAGCCACUUGCAUAUUGAUAGAUUCAUAUGUUAUUUCUCCUCACCGCAGCAUUGUUAUGUUGAUGAUGAACAUGUCAAGAAGUUGAAGGGCUUGGGGAUUUCAAUGGGUAAGCUUGAGUCUCCCUGGGUUGAGGAUAUUCAGAAGCCGAACAAGAGGACUAUUCAGGAUGUUGAAGCCAAGUUCACAGUAGAUGAUGAUAUGAUUGCAAUUGGAGAUGUUUUCUUUGCCAACUUGGAGCAAGAGUGGGUGACGCAGCCUGGUGGCCCUCUUGCUCACAAAUGCAAAACUUUGAUUGAACCUAGUCGUCUUAUAGUGCUCACUGCGCAGAGAUAUAUUCAGACAUUCCUGGGAAAGAACUACAUUGCUCUUCAUUUCCGGCGGCAUGGUUUUUUGAAAUUCUGCAAUGCCAAGAAACCCAGUUGCUUUUACCCUGUCCCUCAAGCUGCUGAAUGCAUCAAGCGGGUGGUGGAAAGAGUUGAUGCACCUGUAGUUUAUCUAUCGACAGAUGCAGCAGCGAGUGAAACAGGCCUCCUGCAGACUCUUAUUUUUUCAAAUGGGAAGCCUGUACCACUGGUGAAGAGGCCUGAUCGCAGUCCUGCUGAGAAAUGGGAUGCUUUGCUCUACAGACAUGGCUUGCAGGACGAUCCCCAGGUGGAAGCUAUGCUGGACAAGACAAUAUGCGCAAUGUCUAGAGUAUUCAUUGGAGCCUCGGGAUCUACUUUCACACAGGACAUACUGCGUCUGAGGAAGGACUGGGGGUCGGCGUCUCGUUGUGACGAGUACCUGUGCCAAGGCGAAGAGCCGAAUUUCAUAGCAGAUGAUGAGUGAAAAGAGUUUGGAUGCAAUCGCAUGACCAACCUUACUCGACCUGCCUCCGUUGGUGGCAUGAGUGUUGGUCGAGACCAUCGCCUCAGCCAGACGUAUCGACCGAGAUUUGAUAUCCACGUAAUGUUUUGUCCCAGGCUUCUUAAAUUUAUGCCCGCAAGUUUCCUCCCAUUCUUUAUUUUUUUAACCUCUUUAGGCUUAGUGGAAUGAUAUGUAGCGUGCCCACCGUUCAUUAUUC